UCCGUGCGUUUAUCCGAUUCCAACGUCGUCGUCGUCGGUGCGGUCAGUGUCUAAUCUGGCAAAAGCAGUCGCGUCAGUCUGCAGAUGGCUAUGCGCCUGUCAGUGAUCUGCGCGUGGCUCAGCCUUUUAACGUUGGCCGCGACAUUGAGCGGUGCACUCGUACGGGGUGAGUCGUACGCUAAGCUGAUCAUCUCCGAGACAGUUCCACGGGAACGAAGCUUCUUCCGGUGGUUAAUCUUUGGCGACUCGGUGUGCACAACACCAGCUACAACGAAAACUGAGCCGCAGGAGAGUACAAUGUUAGACUCGCCCUACCUGACGCUGGCUCUCAAACUGACGCUCAUGGCGAUAUUGUGCUACACCCUUUGAUACGUAAACCUCGCUUAUCGCCACAUCUACAGCGGAUACAGUUCAUUCACAGAGUCGCCGAGGGGGAGCUACGAUAUGAUAACGCGAAUCCACGAAUUCUUAUCACCUAUCGGCUUCAGUCUUGUACGUAAACACUAAUAAAAGGGUUUAGAUGGAAACCAGA